AUGGUCGGCGGCGGCCCCCAGUCCGAUAAUCUCAUCCAUCGGAUGGCUAUGGAUGAUCCCAUCCCAUGGUGGAAGAAGCCGCGUCUGCGAAACAUGUAUCUCCUGCUUUUCCCCUGUGUCAUCGGUAUUGAAAUGACAUCUGGCUUCGAUUCUCAAAUCAUCAACUCGGCACAGUUGUUGCCUGCUUGGAAAGAGUACUUUGGCCACCCAACGGGCGCCUAUAGCGGCAUUCUCGCUUCUGCCCUUCCUCUCGGUUCCGUCCUCGGGCUACCCUUCAUCCCACUGAUCAACGAUACGUUUGGUCGAAGAUGGUGCAUCAUGUUUGGUUCCUGGGUCAUGAUCAUUGGCACUUUUAUCCAAGGUUUCUCAAAGAACGCCGCCACGUACAUCGUUGCCCGCGCCAUCAUUGGUUUCGGUCUUCCCUACGCCAUCGUAGCCGGCUCGUGUCUGAUUGGCGAGCUUGCCUACCCCAAGGAACGUCCCAUUCUGACCUCGCUCUUCAACGCCUGCUACUUUAUCGGUGCCAUUGUCGCCGCCGGCUGCACCUUCGGUACCCAAACGAUCAAGAACGAUUGGUCAUGGCGUAUUCCCUCCCUUCUUCAAAUGGCUCCUUCCCUACUCCAAGUCUUCUUUGUCUUUUUCCUUCCGGAAUCGCCGAGAUACUUGAUGAGUAAAGAUCGUCUUGAGGAAGCAAAGAAGGUGCUUAUCACGUACCAUGCCGAAGGAAACGCCGAUAGUGAGUUCGUCAAAGCAGAAAUUGCCGAGAUCAAAGUUACUCUCGAGAUCGAGUUGGAGCAUUCAAAGCAGUCGUGGGCGGAUAUGAUCCGCACCGCUGGUAUGCGCCGCCGCGUGCUCAUCGGUUCCUUGCUUGGCCUGUUCACUCAGCUCUCCGGCAAUGUCGUCAUUUCCUACUUCCUCGGUGACGUUUUGAAGUUGAUCGGCUACACGGACCCCAGCUUCCAGACCAAGUAUAACUUGGGCAAUCAAUGCUGGAGUUUGGUCUGUGGUGUCAGUGCCGCGUUGGUGGUGAUGAGGUUCCGGCGCAGGACCAUGUACCUGACGGGCAUCUUUUCCAUCUUGGCGGUCUACGUCGGCUGGACGGUUUGUACCGCGGUGUUUAUUUCGCACAGGAACCCCGUGGCGGCCAAGUUCAGUCUUUUCUGGAUCUAUGCUUACAGCCCGGCUUACAAUCUGUGUUUCAACGCUCUUACCUACAUGUUCGAGGACAAGGAAGACUUGGCUCAGUUGCAGCAGAAGAGGGUCGAGACUGAACAAGGGGUGGGAGAGUUGGACGAUGAGAAGCAUGCUGUUGUUCAGGAGAGGCAGGUUUGA